CUCAAUACAGUCUAAUCCAAAUGGGACCAUACAAACUACAAUUGGGCCAUUACGUAAUCAAACGCUUGCAAAGCAUGCGCGCUACCACUGCGCUAAACGCCCAUGCUCAAAGUGGAAAAUUCGAGUCAGGUAUGGCCAACAAGGGUAGACCCACUGCUUAGAACUACUGCCGCCGUCUGUCCAACCCGGCUUCUGUAUUUUCACCAUGACUUUGGAUUCUUUACUUCUCUCUUCCGGCAACAAGCCCAUUGACACGGAACUCGAUGCCCUAUUCCAAUCCAAUGCUACCAAACCCAUAUCUGGGCCGUCGCAUAGUAAUACGGCGGAGGUGGCCUCGAAGAAACCUAAGCGAUCCAAGUCUACUUCGUCAGCGUCCGCGAAGCAAGGCAAGGUGCCCAAGCCAAUAAAAACUCAAAAGACUAUGAAACACCCAAAAAUCAGUACCGACAACGACGACGAGCUGGAGGAUACCUACGCGAAGUCGAAAGAGGUUCAAAUUGAGAACGGCGGUGAAUCCGAGCCAGACGAAGAUCCCUCGAAACUCGUUCAUGAAUCGGUAGCACAGAGCGCUACUUUUACUGGUCGUUCCAGUCAGAAGCGCAAAUUCGUGCCUUCUGACGAGACACAGGAGCAACGGGAUUUACGCACGAUCUUCGUUGGAAAUUUAUCUAUCGAAGUUGCUCAAAAAAGUUCUCAUCGUUACGCACAGUCUGCACUUAAACAGCUACAUCGGCAUAUUAUUGGUCUGGUUCCUAAUGGAAAAGUUGAAUCAACUCGUUUUCGUUCCAUUGCUUUUCAGACUCCCACGUCUAAACUUCCUGAAGAUGAUACCUCGGAGAAAAAGGCGAAGGCGCCGGGGAAGGCAAAGAAAACUAGAGAACAUGGCAAAGAUCGCGCUUCGUCAUGGAAAGACAACAAUGAAGACGACUCUACCAAAAAUGACGAGAAGAAAUUCCUUACACCGAGCCAAAAGAAACGCAUUGCUUUCAUCAAUCACGAUUUCCACUCCUCCGCCGACCUCACGAAUGCUUAUAUCGUUUUCGCGCACCCCAUUCCUCCGGAAAACAGACCAUCUAACCUGCCUCCUUUGCCUCCUACGCUUGACCCAUAUGAAGCGGCGCGCUUAGCAGCGGACGUAUGCAAUGGCUCGACCUUCAUGGACCGUGUUCUUCGCGUGGACCUCAUUGGAAGAACGGGCACACAAGGUCAAGGCGACUCGGUUGACGGUGAUCCCAAGUCGUCAGUUUUUGUCGGUAAUCUGGAUUUUGGGAGUAAAGAAGAAGAUCUUAGAGUGUUUUUCGAAACGCUUGUCACAGAAGAACGUGGACCGCCAACUGGGGAUGACGAUCAGGAUGGAGAUGUAAAGAAAUCGCUGACGUGGGUGACCAGGGUUAGAAUUGUUCGAGACAAGGAAACACAGCUUGGAAAAGGGUUCGCUUACGUUCAAUUUACCGUGAGUGCCUCUUUUUCAUCAUUUAUUGGCGUGGAUAUCUUAUUGGCUUCCCAGGACCGACAAUGCGUCGAUGAGGUUCUCGCGUUGGAAGAAGGGAAACUUAAGUUCGCCAAACGCAAAUUGCGUGUGCAACGCUGCAAGACACUCCCAGGAGGACAGCGCCCCACUAGUUCGGUGCCCGCGGGAACUAAGACCCUAGUCCAGCCGUCAAUACCCGCCGGCGAUCCUUCAUUAGGCGACAGACUCGCUCAUCUCACCAAAGAGGCCCGCAAACACGUCAAGUCCACUGAUGCAGACCGAGUCGCUCGACGCUUGGCAAAGAAAAAGGCGAGACUCGCUUUGAGUAAGGAGGGAGUGAAGGUGCACAGCAAAGAUCGUGAUAGGACGCGAAAGAAACCAUCGUCCGCUUCAUCCCGCAAAACGAGCUCUACGAAGUCGACACGAAUGAGGAGCGAUAAAAGUGUCGCCAAGAAGAAUACGAAGAAACAAUAG